AUGGAUGAUGAUUUUGAUUUAUUGAAGGUUAACCGUACUAAACCGUUUGUUGAAACCUACACUACAUGGUUUAAACUUACGUUAAGAUAUGGAUUUGUGAUUGUUUUUGUCGCAAUUUGGUACAGAGGUUAUGGUGGAUUCAAUUGUAGCGUCGAUUAUCCGAAUGUAAGUUAAUAGCAAUAGUUUACAAUAUUUUAUAAUAUCUUUAUAAAACGUUUUAAAAACAAGAUUUUAGAUUUGUCACGGUGCCACAAUUUAUCAAAAGUCGUCUCAAAACACAUUGGAAAGGGUCAACAUUUCCAUUUAUGGCUAUGAGUACAAACCGCUUCUGUAUAUGACUUUGGUCUUCUUAUUCUUUGAUUUUAUUGAAGAUGGCAUCGCAAAAGUCUUGGGUAUGUUAUUUUUCACAUUAAAUUAGGUAACUUCUAGUUUGCUGUUUUAUGCUAACUUAUAUAUUGAAGUAAUAUAUUAUAAAUAAAAAAUCAUUUCAUUAAAGUAAAUUUUUGUCGGAUUACUGUAAGUUGUACAAUAUUACUUUCCAGCGAACAAAAGUCAUCGUUUUGUCCAUUUUUUCAACAAACUUUUAACUUCACAGGAUCUGGUUUAUUUUUUGGAAGUCUACGGUAAAACAUAUAAGCCAUCUUUCUGUAAUGCUCGUUGGCCAUUUCAUUUGUUGCUAUCAGUUUUUGUGAUGACUUCGUAUGUUGCUGCUCUUGCUGUUACAUCGUACUCGUUUACUAGACGAUGGAAUUACGAUCAACUUGGUGUCGUUUAUAAGUGGUUUAUUUCUGGUUCUGAAGCUUCGGGUUUCUUUGACAGUGUAAGUAGGGUUGGGCAGAUAAUUGAGUUUUUAGGGAGGAAGUGAAAAGGAGGGGUAGAAAAAUCUGAACACCGGAAUAGGUCCACCCUCCCCCCCCCAAUGUAAAUUCAAAAUUAAACUCACUCUAGCCUUCCCACUUUGGCUCUACCCAAAGCUACUACAGCCCCUUUUAGCUUUACCUAAAUCUACCCCUGCCUAUUCUAGCCCUCCCCAAUCUUAUCUCUGCCCGUUCUAACUCUACCCAAGCCUCCCAUGCCCAUUCUAACCCUCCAAAAGCCUGCUCCUGAUACUCAAGCCUACUGCCCUUUUGGCCUAACCCUAACUUGCCCCUACCCCUAGAUAUACAGUACUAAUCCUCAAACUUAUCAUUUUCAGAAAGUCCGCUGUAUCUCUACUCUGUUAGUAGUCAAUCACCAUCACCAGUGUAUCUACAUGGAUGUUGAAUUUACUGUAAUUUUGUACCAAUUCUUACUGAUCGCAUGCUUCUUGGGCAUCAUUCUGUCACUCUCUUCAACACUUUAUCUACUUUAUCUUAUCAUUAAGUCUUGUUUCGGUAAAGCUUUCUUUUUGGGUAUCACUGACCCAGAAGCCAAAACUAUUUUGUCUUCUGAUCAUUUCAAUUGGUUGUCUAUGGAUUUGCGUUAUAUUGUCUACAAUCUUGAUGUUCAUAGCCAAGAAGUAGUGAUUCAAACGUGCCGUGAUUUGGUAGAGAAAAGAACGGUGGACAAUACUCAAGAUGAGUGCACCAAAGUGCUGCUUGGAAUUGUAUAG